GCCGAGGGGCGGACCUGCAGGAGCUCCGGGCAUCAAAUCCACAGCGUGUCUGAGCAAAAUGAAACAUGGAUGAGGAGGUCGCUGAAAGUUGGGAGGACGCUGCCGAUAGUGGGGAAAUGGAAAAACGGUUAGAAGAGAAGCUACGGAUCAGCCAGAGAGAAAAGGAAUCCAGUAACUCUGCACGCUCUCCGUUGAAGACGACCAUGGUGAUACAGGACGACUCUCUACCAGCAGCACCCCCACCUCAGAUACGCAUUUUGAAGCGGCCUGCGAGCAACGGGUCACUGGGGUCCCCCCUGAAUCAGAACAGGCCUACGCCGCAGGUCAAGUCUCUGGCCCAGCGAGAAGCAGAGUAUGCUGAGGCCAGGAAGAGAAUACUGGGCAGCGCCUGCCCAGAGGAGACGCCUCAGGACAAGCCCAACACUGACAGGCCAGGGCGCAAUAACUCGACAUUGCCUUCAGAGGACACCAGAUCAAACAAUCACACUGUCCGGCAGCCGGCCGGCCCAGACGGCACCCAAGGGUUCCGACAGCACAGAUAAGUGGGCCUUGAGGGCCACCCGGCCAUGGAGGGGAGAGCGAGCAGAGCCACCAGUGAGCAAACAUAGGACUGUAUUCCUGAAACUUCCUUCCUUCAGUUCCCUUGUACCAGACGGGCUGCGAGUCCAGUCGCAUCGCUGCCCUCCUCCUCCCACUCACAGGAGUGUGGAGCUGCCAGGGAGCGAGGAACUCCAGCAGGAAGUCAAAUGGAAAUGUGCUCUCUUCUAUCCCCAAUGCAGUGUGUUGGCCACUGUGAUUAUGGACAUCUUCUGGACUCACUGUGAUGAUCCCCUUUAAGAGAAGCCCCUCACCUCCACCUCUCUCUUCCUUCAGUCCCUCACGGCUCCAUCCAAGGAUGCCCGAAGGCCAGAAGCAAAGACUUGAACAAAGGACAGUGAGGAGAGAGGAGCGGAGCAGACGUGAGGGGCCAUAUCAAAACGAGACGCGCUGGCACUUGUGCUGCAGCUUCUUCCCAGCAAUAAUACCAGACAUCACUUCAAUGUUUUUAAUUUUUCAGAUGUUGGCUCACAAAAUUUUUAUUCUGUUUUUCUUGCUUGUCUUUAUCGAUACUAGGGAUGCUCUGAUAUCUAACAAAUACAGAUAGAAGUACUUUAUAUGACAUGUACACCACCAAGAAUCUGUAUUUAUUAAUGAGAUUUUUAAAAAAAUAAACAUAACAUCUGCAGUUUUUAUCAAAUAGGACACACAUUUGUCCACCUUUGUUUGGUGGCAAAACAGAAAUGUUUUAAAGAGACAAGUGUCCUGCAUUAAAUCCACCUCUAAUGCUGAGUACUUACCUGAGCGGUUGGGAUUAUCAGUGCACCUCUACUAUGUAAAUCGCCAUUUGUUUUUAAAAACCGAGGGUAGGGGUCGUGUGUGUGUGUCAAGUUGUGUAUCUGACAAGUUCUGUUUACGGUUUGUUUUUUUUAAUUGAGCUGUCUUCUUUGGACUGUCACUUCAUUUCUAUUUAAAAGUAAAAGCAAAAAAAAAAAAACACAUGAAAAGGAGAUGAGUAGCUUUUCUGCUUUUUUCUAUAAGCGAUGUCAGAGCAAAGCAGUAUUUUAAUUGAAACGAACCAAAAUCCCUUUUUAAAACCAACCUUAAAAACGUCACUAUUAUUGGAAGGUGGUGUUGGCAGCGACUGGCAGGAGGGUCAGAUGGUAGAACGAACUCACUGCUGUACUUCACAAGCCUCCCCCGUUGCGUCGCCACCUCCUCGGCGGUGUGCUUGUUCCUUCACGUCGUCCUCUGAAGUACAGCACAUUGGAACUCAGGUGCAAGUGAACGAGACUGAAUGAAUGAAAUGAACUAAGAUUGUAUUUUUCCAGCAGGUUUGAUUGCGCAAACAGCUAAUGUCCGUAUUUAAGCUUGGGUUAAGCACUUAGAAACGGUGCUCUGUCGAGAGAAAUGUAACUGAAAUGAUGUCCACGUCCCGAGGUGAAUGAAUGCCAGGUGUUUUUUUUUUUGUUUCUUUUGUCUUAACUGUCAGCAUCUUGGUAACGUGUUCAGUAACUGACGGUCCACUGCUUAAACCGAGACGCAGCUGGAUGUGAACCAGAGAGGAGUCGACUACGUGGCUUUCAGGACCGUCGUGCCCAGAUGUUCAGUUUUUCACCUUUUUAUUUGUACAAACAGAGAGAUCUCAAUAAAGCCAUAUUCAGUGGUGCAACAUCGAUACAAACGUUCUUGUAAUGGUUGAAUUCAGCUUGUGCCUCCUGUAUCACAUCUUUACUUCCGGGUUGUUUUUAUUACUGUAGUUCGAGAAAACUGAGAAAAAUGUUUGAGGGCGAAUUCACGAGACUCUUUAAGAGGUUUUUAGUUCAGGAAAUCUAGCGGCAGAGCAGCAGACAGUCGGGUUCUGCUGAGCUCAGAACACAAACUGCCUGUAAAUACUGAUUUAAUAAAAAUGAUUUGCAAAAAAA